AUGGCGGACUCGCAGCGCCGGUUCUGCCACCCGCCGCCGCCGCCGCCCCCGGCACAUGGCUGCCGGCAGCCCGCGGAGGUGGAGCAGCUCGAGCAGGCGCCGGUGAAGCAGCUCCCGCGUUGGGAGCGCCUGCGCCUCGCUGUGGAGGCGCAGAGGGCUUCGGAGGUGCAGUCCGACAAGCAGGUGAAGCCGCAGGUGGAGGUUCCGGGCCAUGGCGGCGGAUGCGGCGAGUUCUUCGGCGGAGCAGGGUACCGCUACGAGCACUACCAUUCCACCGGCGCCCAAGAAGAGGACGGAAAUCGCAGCUUUGGCGAUGGGGUGGUGGCCUCCUUCGCCGCCUGCUCCGGUCACGCCGCCGUCACCUCCGACUCCGCCAGCAGGAACGAGGAUCCCACGGACGCCACCUCGGAGGUGAAGACCUUCUACAUCGGCGACGGGUCCUUUCCCGAUGCAGGUGGUGAAGGUGCAGCCCCCGACAUGUCAGCCCUUAGUGGCGGUGUCACGCCUGACGGCUCUGGCACGUCAGCCGUCAGUGGCGGUGCCUCGGAGUCGCCUUUCGGUGUAGGCACGUCAGCCCAGAGUGGCGGUGUCCUGGACAUGUCAGCCCAUAGUGGCGGUGUCCAUCACGAGUGGGAUGAUAUUUCCUCGUCUUCUUCUGUACCCUCGCUGGCUGCUGGCGCUACGGAGGUGGCCCCGAAGAGGAAGAAGAAGAAUCGGCGCAAGAAGAAUAAGAAGAAGGUGAGUUCGCAUGUGACCGAGCCCGGUCCGGAGCAGCUGCAGGUUUCUGGCGCUCCUCCGGACGCGAUGCCUUCCAUUUUUGAGGCCUCCCGUGAGGACCUCGCCACGGACAUCCAGUCUGGAGUUUUUUCACAAGAUGCGAAAGAGUUGGACGACACUGACGUUGCCUUGCUGGGCCGCUUCGCUGACGGCGAAGCUGUGCUCUCGGAGUUGCAGCAGCAGCCGUCGCUGAGGGCACCGGCGUUGGAGGUCGCCUCUCGGCUGAUGGCAGCAGGUGCGAAUUCGAAUGUUGCUUUCCUGCCAAUUGUGCAGGGCCUUGCGACGCAGCAGACAUGAUGUCCACUCUGGGGUUUUUAUCUUAGCAAAUGCCAGACUUCGUGAUACCCUGGCUUUUAUGCACUUUCAUAUUUUCCUGCUUGCCAAUCUCUACGGAAGCUUG